CACAUUCUAAUAUUUUCCUAUUCACAUUCUUAUCUGCAGGUUAUUUCUUCACUCUUCCAAUUUUGUGCAAAUACCAUUCUGGCAGCAGUUCAAAUAUGAAUAACUAAAUAGGCAUUUUCCUUACUCUAUUUUUCAGCUAGGCUCCCCCAAACCAGAAAUAUUUCUGGUUUUGAAUCAAUAUGUUGUUUUGUCAUACCUGAUUCUGAUGGAAUGAUGGAAUUUUGCCUCUUCCAGUCCGUCUGGGUGAAAACCGGAAGUUUACAGUGGUGGAGAAGUUGGAAGCCCUACCGUUGGGUGGACGUGCAGGUGGCCUUGGAACAAUUCACUGCGAACGACGGGACGCGGGACAGCAUUCUCUUUGUCUACUACACGCACAAUGAGGAAAAGAAGUACAUCCACAUGUUUCUCAAUGAAGUCACCAUCCUGGUUGAGAUUCUGAACGAGGCCAAACAUUCUUUCGCUCUCUAUACGCCGGAGAGGACUAAGCAACGGUGGCCCGUCCGUCUAGCUACGAGCACCGAACAAGAAAUGCAUGACUGGCUGGCACUACUGAACAUGUCUUGUUGUGAGGGCCGGCAGCUGCAGGGCCCUCCAUCUCCUGAAGCCAUCUGGUCGCUGACCUGCAAAGGUGACAUCUUUGUGAGCGAGCCCAGCCCCAACCUGGAGGCCCUAACAAACCCGAUGCCUUGUGAUCAAAUGUUUUGGCGCCAAGUCGGGGGACAUCUGCGCCUGAUUGAAUGCAACAGCGAUGGCAUUGUGUGGGGAGUGGGUUAUGACCACACCGCCUGGAUUUACACGGGGGGUUAUGGAGGAAGUUUUUUGUCAGGUUUGGCAGGCAGCCCUGAGAAUAUUCACCCCCAGACUGAUGUGAAGGGCGUCUAUAUUUACGAAAAUCAACGGUGGAAUCCCGUGACGGGCUACAGUAACAGAGGCCUGCCCACCGACCGGUAUAUGUGGAGCGACGCCUCUGGUUUAUGCGAGUGUACCAAAGCGAACACCAAGCCCCCAUCCCCGCUGUGGACUUGGGUGUCCGACUGGGCCAUCGAUUUCAGUGUUUCGGGCGGGACCGACCGAGAAGGUUGGCAGUACGCAGCCGACUUUCCCGCGUCUUAUCACAGCUACAAAACAAUGAAGGACUUUGUGCGCCGGAGACGCUGGGCCAGGAAAUGUAAGAUUGUCACCAGUGGGCCCUGGCUGGAAGGGCCUCCCAUCGCCCUGCGAGAUGUUUCUAUCAUGUCGCAGCCUCCUGGGUCGACGGAGGAUUUUGUUCCCCUUUGGGCCAUCAGCGACAAGGGAGACGUGCUGUGCCGGCUGCAAGUCACACCCCAAAACCCAGCGGUAAAAAUAAACCUUCCCUCCUCUUGGAUCUUAGCGCCAGGCAGGGCACUUAGAUUUACACCGCUUCACAGAGCUUUCCA